CGGAGCGCCGGCCCGAUGGCGGCGGCGGCGGCGGCGGCGGCGGCGGCGAUGGCCGAGCAGGAGAGCGCCCGGAACGGCGCCCGCAACCGCGGCGGCGUCCAGCGCGUGGAAGGCAAGCUGCGUGCCAGCGUCGAGAAGGGCGACUAUUAUGAGGCGCACCAGAUGUACCGGACCCUCUUCUUCAGGUACGUGGCCCAGAGCAAGCACGCCGAGGCCCGCGAGCUCAUGCGCUCAGGAGCCCUGCUGUUCUUCAGCCACGGCCAGCAAAACAGUGCGGCUGAUUUGUCCAUGCUGGUCCUGGAGUCGCUGGAGAAGGCGGAGGUCGAGGUGGUCGAGGAGCUGCUGGAAAGUCUGGCCAAGCUGUUCAGUCUGAUGGAUCCCAACUCCCCGGAGCGAGUGGCGUUUGUGUCUCGAGCCCUGAAGUGGUCCAGUGGGGGGUCCGGGAAGCUGGGCCACCCCCGGCUCCACCAGCUGCUGGCCCUCACGCUGUGGAAAGAACAGAACUACUGCGAGUCCCGGUACCACUUCCUGCACUCCAGCGACGGGGAGGGCUGUGCCAACAUGCUGGUGGAGUACUCCACGGCCCGGGGCUUCCGCAGCGAGGUGGACAUGUUCGUGGCCCAGGCUGUCCUCCAGUUUCUCUGUUUAAAAAACAAAAGCAGCGCAUCAGUGGUGUUCACCACGUACACACGGAAACAUCCGUCCAUCGAGAGCGGCCCUCCCUUCGUACAGCCCCUGCUCAACUUCAUCUGGUUUCUGCUGCUGGCCGUCGAUGGGGGGAAGCUGACGGUGUUCACGGUGCUGUGUGAGCAGUACCAGCCAUCCCUCCGGCGGGACCCCAUGUACAACGAGUACCUCGACAGGAUAGGACAGCUCUUCUUCGGCGUGCCGCCCAAGCAGACGUCUUCCUACGGAGGCUUGCUAGGGAACCUUCUGAGCAGCCUCAUGGGCCCCUCGGAGCAGGAGGGCGAGGACAGUCAGGACGACGGCAGCCCCAUCGAGCUCGACUGACGCCCGCCCGCGGGCCUGCCCGGACUCGGCCUGGCCGCCGUGUACCUCGAGAUGGCCCCAAUAAAGCACAGGCCCUGCCGCGCCGCCUCUCCCGGCC